GGUUUAGGAGCCUUUGCUGUGGACGGAGACGGGGACGUGAGCGGCUAUUGAAGGCGGCCAGGGUGCAGGUGAGCCCCCCCCCCCCCCGCUCGGUGUGUGGGUUGAGCUUCGAGGGGCUGAGCUUUAAUGGAGGACCACAUGAUGGGGCACAACAAGGAGAAGCGUUAUGAGUGCGACGUAUGUGGCAAGGACUGGCAGAGCCCGAGCGAGCUGGAGAUCCACCGGUGGGUGCACACGGGAGAACAUCCCUUCAACUGCUCGGAUUGCGGCAAGACUUUCAAGGCGGCGAAUGUCCUUAAGGCCCACCGGCAAGUGCACAGGGGCGAGAAGCCCUAUGGCUGCUCCACAUGCGGCAAGAGCUUUACCCAGUUGUCAGGGAUGCGGGUGCACCAGCGGGUGCACAGCAGUGAGCGGCCCUUCACCUGCUCCGACUGCGUCAAAGGCUUCAAAUCGUCCAAGGACCUGAAGGUGCACAGGCGGCUGCAUACCGGGGAGCGGCCCUACACCUGUGCCCAGUGUGGCAAGGGCUUCACCAAGUCCAGCAGCCUCCUGCAGCACCAGCGCACACACAUCGGCGAGUGCCCCUACAGCUGUGCCCAGUGUGGCAUCGGCUUCACCCAGUCCAGCAAACUGCUGCAGCACCUGCGCACCCACACCGGCGAACGCCCCUACACCUGUGCCCAGUGCGGCAUGGGCUUCACCCAAUCCAGCAGCCUGCUGCAGCACCAGCGCACCCACACCGGCGAGCGCCCUUACACUUGCGCCCAGUGUGGCAAGGGCUUCUCCCAAUCCAGCAACCUGCUUGUGCACCAGCGCUCCCACACCGGCGAGCGCCCCUACACCUCUAUCCAGUGCGGCAAGGGCUUCACCCACUCCAGCAACUUGCUGGAGCACCAGUGCAACCACACCAGCGAGCGGUCCUACACCUGUGCCCAGUGCGGCAAGGGCUUCAGCAACUCCACCCGGCUGCUGUUCCACCAGUGGGUGCACGCCGGUGACAGUCCCGUCCCAGCCCGGUGUGUGGCGAGCACACCAGUGGCCAGCCCUACGACUGCCCGUACUGUGGUGAGUCGUUUGACUGCUCGCGUGGGUUGCGGCAGCACCAGCGGUCCCAUGCUGGCGAGCAGCUGAUCCCUCUGUGACGAGAGCAUGGGGGCUGCGGGAGCACCAACGGAAACACACCAGAGAGAGACCCUCGUGUGC